GGCGCGGCGAACGCGGGGCGGGGACUGUCUGGCCUUGGGGAACUGGGGAGGCCGGGCUGGGACUGGCGUUUCGGAUCUGCGCCUCCUGGCGAUUCCGCGCCUUUGUCUUCCUCGGCGCCGCCUUCUGCGCGCGAUGCCGAGUCCUCCCGAGUUGGUCCGGAAGACCCGAGGAGGCGGCCCCCAGAGCGGCCUGUCCGCUGUGGCUGCAGGUCCCAGGCUGCGAGGACGAGGAGUUUGGGGACAUUCCGGGAUGGGCCCUUGGGGGCUGGCCCUUCGCUCUCUCCCCUCCCGUGGCGGAUAGUCUUUCUUUUAGUCAAGAUGAGUGAUAAGCCAGACUUGUCGGAAGUGGAGAAAUUUGACCGGUCAAAACUGAAGAAAACUAACACAGAAGAGAAAAAUACUCUCCCCUCAAAGGAAACUAUCCAGCAGGAAAAAGAGUGUGUUCAAACAUCAUAAAAUGAGGAUCUCCCAGGAGCAAAUUUCAUCAUUGCCUGAGUGUCUUGUUUUUGAGCUUGUUUUUUGUAAACCUUUGUGUUGUAGAGAUUUUAGGCAUCUUCUGAUGUCUUCUCACCACUACACCCUGGCUAAGGGGUAGCCAAUGUUCCUUUACAUACAUUUUUAAACUUUCCAUUGGUACAUAAAUUCCAGCUGGCAGAUGCUGUUGAUAAUCUCACCAUUGAUGACCUUUGUGUGUGUGAUCCUUGCACCCCCUAUAGGAUAAGUCACCUUUAACCUUCUACAAUGGUUGCCUCCAUUGCUUCAUAAUCUUCAUGAAGUUGCAUGCUUUUGCAGCUUCUCACAGUUCAUUUUCAUUUCUAAUGUAGCAAUAAAAUAAUAAAUAUAAUCACUAUGUUAA